GGACAGCUCCGCGGUGCUGAAAGCAGCGCCAGCAUGGAGGCCCGAGCCAGAGGAGCGCGCUGGAGACUCCUGGCGCUGUGCUGCUGCUUACUGGCCGAGGGCUGGGCGCAGGACUUCGGCCAGACGCAGUUCAUCUGCACGUCCGUGCCCAAGGACGUGGACCUGUGCGCGGCCACUCUGCAGAACAGCGUGCCGGGGGAGGACCUGAAGAGCACGGUCAUGCAGCUGAGGGAGACCGUGCUGCAGCAGAAAGAGACCAUCAUGAACCAGAAGGAGACCAUCCGCGAGCUCACCUCCAAACUCGCGCGCUGCGAGAGCCAGAGCGCGCCCGAAGCGGGGGAGCCGCGAGGAGGAGGAAGUGCAGGAGGAGGAGGAGGAGGAGGAGGGAGGAGGAAGGAGCCAGGCUCCAAGAACACCAUGGGGGAUGUGUCCAGGGGGCCAACGGACACUCUAACCCAGCUGUCCCAGACUUUACAGUCACUGAAACAGAGGCUGGAAAACCUGGAGCAAUUCAGCCGCAACAACAGCUCCGUUCAGGCCAACAGUCUGAAGGAUCUGCUCCAGAGUAAGAUCGACGACCUGGAGAAGCAGGUUCUGUCCCGCGUCAACAGCCUGGAGGAGGGCGCCAAGCCCGGCCUGCGCAACGACACGGAGCAGCGCGCGCGCGUCGAGUCCACCCUCACCUCCCUGCACCAGCGCAUCACCGACCUGGAGAAAGGUCAGAAGGAAAACAGACCACUGGACAAAUUCCAGUUGACGUUCCCCCUCAGGACCAACUAUAUGUAUGCUAAGGUCAAAAAGAGUCUGCCAGAGAUGUAUGCCUUCACCGUGUGCAUGUGGAUUAAAUCCAAUGCGUCUCCAGGGGUGGGAACCCCAUUCUCAUAUGCCGUUCCUGGUCAGGCCAACGAGCUGGUUCUUAUUGAAUGGGGAAGCAACCCUAUGGAGAUUCUCAUCAAUGACAAGGUUGCUAAGCUGCCAUUUCUGAUUAACGAUGGGAAAUGGCAUCACAUCUGCGUUACCUGGACAACCCGUGACGGCGUGUGGGAGGCUUUCCAGGAUGGAGUGAUGAGGGGUAGUGGGGAGAAUCUGGCCCCAUAUCAUCCAAUCAAACCACAAGGAGUGCUGGUGUUGGGGCAAGAGCAGGACACACUUGGCGGAGGGUUUGAUGCCACUCAAGCGUUUGUGGGUGACAUGGCAAACUUCCACAUCUGGGACCGGAAGCUGACGGUAGGCGAGAUUUAUAAUCUGGCAACGUGCAGCAGCAAAGCACAAGUGGGCAAUGUCUUCUCCUGGCUGGAGACCAGCAUUGAGAUCUACGGAGGAGCAUCCAAAUGGACAUUUGAGGCUUGCCGCCAACUGAACUGAUCGACAUGGGAAUUAUAAAGUUGACAAGGAACUGGAGUUUUCCGAGUCAACCCAUCAUCCAAUCAAUCAUCUCCAAACAUCACUCAGAAGAUGUGGAGACAAACAACAAACAACAACCAUCAUCUGGAACAUUUUUGUUAGAUGUUUGAAUGAAUUCUUGUGAACACUUGAGCUUACUUUUUUGGUUGUGCAAAGAAAUACUUCUCCUUUGUCUUUGGAUUUUGGAUUUUGAAGGCCUGAGAUGGUUUCUAUUCUGAGUUUUUCUCAUUCUGAAGGCACUGUCUUUUCUGAUCUUUUGCUGGGCGAGUGAUGCCUUACUGGACAGUUAGCCUACCUGACACAAUACGGCAAAGGCUUUCCAUUCUGAUCAUACGAUCUGCGGAUCAUACGACCCAUUUUUAGUUUUGGAAGCCGUGUAGUUUUACCUUAGAUUUGUGAAAUCACAUAGGCUCCUUUUCCCCCUCAGAACCGUUCGAGAAUCCUCCCCUAUUCCUGGGAUACUCACUGUGAACAAUGGUGGAAGCUGAAAAAGAAUGUAGAACAAAACAAGGAUGAAAACAAUAUGGCAUCUUAUUUUUUCUUCUCUCACGAUUGUUUCUUUCUUCUCACCACCUGCUUGAAGUUUUUUUGUUUUCUCGUGUGGUUGUGGGUGCGUAUGCGUGAAUGAAAACUUACUAAUUGCCAACAUGUUACAAGCCUGGGUGCCUUUGGGCUGUUGAAGUAUCUCGAAAUUCAUUCAUCACUUGCAGUGUACUCGUUCUUGUGUGUUUAUUUCUUCGUGUAACUAUUGAUUUUGGAAGCUACGUUGAUUACGGUCACAACAUGUAAUAGUUCAGUUGGGCGAUCACGGUUAAAAACAAUUAGCAGUUGGCGCAUUUUCAAGGCAGUUUUGUUUAAAACCGUAGUGUGUUUGGCAGGUGUUUGUACUUUCCAAGGAAUGUUCUAUGUACAGAAAACAGCAUGAUAGUCCAAAAUGCUGCAAAAAGCAUCAACGAAAAAGAAAUCUGCUUUUCCUAUCCUCCUUUUGGGUUGAGAUUUUAUACUGUAUUGUUAUAUGCUAAAAGCAUGGCAGCACUGAAAGAUGAAAAAAGAUCUAAUUUUUGUAAUAAAAUUGUGAUACCUAAAACAGCAA